CAAGCCCAAUGGACUAGAAACUAAGCCAUUAGGCCCAAACAACAAAAGGCUCAUAGGCCCACUUAUAAAAUGAGCCCAACAAGGCCCAUGUCUAUCUCUCCCUCAUCCUUUUUCAGAUACCGUUCAUGUUCGUUCCAGUGAAAAAGAUUAUGGAAGACGCACCGUGGACUCAAAAGCUUGAAGCCCUAACGCAUAUUCUGCUGUGCCCCACCACCGCUCCGCCGCUUGCGUCUCAGUUCUUCAUCGCCACCAAGAUCCCCUGCUACCUGAAUUGGGACUACCCGCCGCUCCUCUGCUCCAAACCUUCUAUUUUCCCCUUUCCCUCUCUUCACCUUCAAUGGGGCUUCUCUCUGUUCCUCAAAAGACUCUCCCGAUUGGGGCUCCCCAUGACCUCUUGGCGAUCCAAAUGCCCUUAUCAACUCCCCCCGCCGUUGCUUCUCGCUCGAGGCGUCGACGGCGCUCAGUGGGACGAUGAACAGAGGAGAAACUACGUGAGAAUGAGGCUGAGAAGAAAGCGUCUGGGCAGCGAUGUCAACCCCUUAAUCCCAAUUAUGAUUCCCAAUAUGUUGCUGUUUUGUCUUCUGCUAUGGAAGCCAUUAUCUUCCACUCAUUAAUCCAACAUCUCUUCUAAAAUGUGGGUUUUCAAAGUGAACACAAAUUUAAGCUUCCCAUUGGAUCCUCUUUGUUUUAUGAUUUU